UACAUUACUACAUACACAGGUAACAACACAAAAAACAGAGCAAUUUCUUGCACCUCAUCAUCCAAAUUAUUCAGACCAGAGAAGCGUGUGGGGGGACUCAAAAUCUUUUAUUCUUUACAUCCAUGUGAAUAAAAUUAUUAUUAACAAACCCCCUUUUUCUCUCUUCAUCUUUUCUGCCAUCGUUCAUUUUUUAAUUCUUGAUUUUUCUUGCUUUCUGCUGCCAGAUAUAUAUAUAAAACCUACACCCCUUUUGAUUUUGGACCACCCCAUUUGAAUCUUGAUGGGCUUUUGAUUUCUUGGGUUUUUUUGUGUUUAGGAUUUUGAUCAAGAUUUUACUCUGUUUUUGCAAAGAUGAGUAGGCUGGAUUUUUCUGUUGUGGAAAUGGUGGAUGAUGUUAUUCAGCAACAUGGAAAGAGAUUAAGCGAUAUUGAUCUUGCCUCAAGAAAAGCUAAUGAAGCUUCCGAAAGAAGAAAAGAAGCGGCAGGGUGGAUAAGAAAAAUGUUGGGAAGUGUUGGGGCUAAGGAUUUGCCUGAUCAACCUACAGAAGAUGAAUUUAGGAUCGGGUUGCGGAGUGGGAUUAUUCUUUGCAAUGUUCUUAAUAAGAUGCAAUCUGGUGUUGUUCCAAGAGUAGUUGCAGCUCCUUCGGAGGCUGUUGUUAUACCUGACGGGGCAGCUUUGUCUGUAUACCAACAGCUUGAAAAUGUUAGGAACUUCCUUGUAGCAGCGCAGGGAAUGGGGAUUCCAACCUUUGAAGCCUCUGAUCUGGAACAGGGUGGGAAAACUUCAAGAUUAGUGAAUUGUGUCCUAGCAAUGAAAUCAUAUAGUGAAUGGAAAGAUAGAGGUGGACAUGGAGUAUGGAAGUAUGGUGGAAACCUUAAACAAUCUCCCUGUACGAAGCAAUUUGUACUAAAGAAUUCAGAUGCAUUUAUGAACUCUUUUAUGAAAAGCUUGUCAAGUGAGAAGUCUCUGGAUGGUUUAUCUAGCGAAGAUCCUGAACACAAUCUUACCGAAAUGGAUAGCUCCCGCCCCUUUUAUUCUCUGAUCCGCAAAUUUCUUGCUGAUAAGAAGCAAGAAGAAAUUCCUAUUAUAAUGGAGAAUUUGUUAAAUAAAGUGACGGAGGAAUUUGAGCGCCGCUUAACAGUCCAAAAUGAAGAGAUGAAAAAUGGUACAACAGCUUUGGAUGUCUCUUGCACGAAUAAUACCCUCCCAAGUUCCCUGUCUGGUGACAUGAAGAUGGAAGAUACAGAAAUGUCAAAGUUGGUUAAAGUUGAAAGUGAAGGGGUAUUUAGUGAUGAAGUUGAUUCCAAGGUUGCAAAGAAAAAUGGGCUUUUCCAAAAACAAAACCAGAAUUUGCAGGAUUUGAAACAUACUGUUUCAGCUGCAAGACUGGAUAUACAGCUUAUGCAAACGAAGUAUCAAGAGGAGAUCAAUUCUCUAGGUCAGCAUCUGCAUAGUCUAGCUCAGGCUGCUGCAGGUUACCAGAAAGUUCUAGAGGAAAACCGCAAGUUAUACAAUCAAGUGCAAGACCUAAAAGGGAGUAUUAGAGUCUAUUGUCGUGUGCGACCUUUCUUGCCUGGACAACCAAGUCGAUUUAGCACCGUGGCUAAUGCAGAUAAUGGGGUUUUAACCCUCAUUACUCCUUCAAAAAAUGGGAAAGAGGGACGGAAGUCAUUUAAUUACAAUCAAGUGUUUGGUCCAUCUGCAACCCAAGAAAAGGUAUUCUCGGACAUGCAACCUCUAAUUCGUUCUGUUCUUGAUGGAUACAAUGUAUGUAUUUUUGCUUAUGGUCAAACAGGAGCAGGCAAAACUUAUACUAUGAGUGGCCCGAAUAAUCCUACAGACGAAACAUUAGGUGUAAACUACAGGGCAUUAAGUGAUUUAUUUUCAAUCUCAGAACAGAGAAAAGAUAUUAUUCAUUAUGACAUUUCUGUUCAGAUGCUGGAAAUAUAUAAUGAGCAAGUCAGGGAUCUCCUUGUGACAGAUGGUCUUCACAAAAAAUUAGAAAUUCGUAACAAUUCACAGAAUGGUUUGAAUGUACCAGACGCAAAUCUUGUACCGGUUGCAUCUACAUCUGAUGUUAUGCAUUUGAUGGACCUUGGAUUUAAAAAUCGUGCAGUUAGUUCAACUACCAUGAAUGAUCGUAGUAGUCGUUCUCACAGUUGCCUGACCGUCCAUGUUAAAGGAAAAAACUUGACGUCAGGCACAGUUCUUCGUGGCUGUAUGCAUCUGGUCGACCUGGCUGGAAGUGAAAGGGUUGAUAAAUCUGAAGUCGUGGGAGAUAGAUUAAAGGAGGCACAACAUAUUAACAAAUCUCUUUCAGCUCUUGGAGAUGUAAUUGCUUCUCUCGCCCAGAAAAACGCACAUGUCCCAUAUAGAAACAGUAAACUGACGCAACUGCUUCAAGAUGCUCUUGGAGGACAGGCUAAGACCUUAAUGUUUGUUCACAUCAGUCCAGAGAGCGAUGCUUUAGGCGAAACAAUUAGCACACUUAAAUUUGCUGAACGGGUUUCUACUGUUGAGCUAGGUGCUGCUCGAGCAAACAAAGAUAGUACUGAUGUGAAGGAGUUAAAAGAACAGAUUGCUAGUCUUAAGGCAGCCUUAGCAAACAAAGAGGGAGAAGGAAAUCCUCAGGAAUCCAAGCUGUCGCGAAUGAUGUCUGCUGGGUCUACAAACUCAAAUACUAGCUGGCAGGGUGUUGGGAAUAUUGAGGUCAAUAAUAACAAUCUAAAAAGCUUACAGAGACGAAAUAGCUUAGAUCCUCGGGACUUGCUUGAAGGUUCUGCUACCUGUGUUGGUGAAGAUAUGAUCCAUAAGCAAAAUGGAGUAAACAUGAACGGAAGGGAAGAAGAUGAUCAUAAGUUGUCAAAGAUGCCUUCUCAAAAAUAUUUUGCUGACCCUACCAAGAUAUACCCUGAGAGUGACAUCCUAAAUCAUGACAUGAAUAGGAUUAGACACGAGGUUACUACAACUGAUGAUUACGAUGAGUUGGAUGCUUUAACUACUGACUCUUCUGAGGCAGACUUCCUUUGUCAACCUAAUGUUCCCAAAACCACCAGUAUCCCAACUUUAAAGGGGUCAACACUUAAGACAACAACUCCAAAGAAGGCAAAAUUCCCAGAAACGAGGAGUUUAAUUCCACAACCAUCAGCACGUAGACAAUCAACAGGGACAGUUCCAACAAUGGCAAAGAAUGCAAGGAGACCCGUAUCUGGAGACGGGAGGAGAAAAACAGGAAAUGCAAAGUUAGAGAAACGUUGAGCAGCCUGCAAUCUCUUCUAUGUUGCAGGAAGUAAUUGUUUUGUUGUCUUCUAUAAUACACACCAAUAUACAUAGUAUCAGUUACAUGUGAAAUAGUUAUAAGCUAGGUAGGGUGGCUUUUGAGAAAUGUAAAUGGCAAUAACAUUGAGUUGCCAUGUUGUCCAGUGGUGAUCACUUGAUAUCUGGUUUUCAAAUUUUUUUAGCAACGGUACAUAGCCAAAAUGGGUUGUAUUUUUUCAGGAUACGGCAAUUACUAGACAAACUUGUUAAUGUGAGAAACUAUAUUCUGUA